AUCUACUGUCAGAACCUGUGUCUGCUGGCAAAGCUUUUCCUGGACCACAAAACCCUUUAUUAUGAUGUGGAACCCUUCCUUUUCUACGUCAUGACAGAGGCUGACAACACUGGCUGCCACCUGAUCGGGUAUUUCUCCAAGGAGAAGAAUUCCUUCCUCAACUACAACGUGUCCUGCAUCCUGACCAUGCCCCAGUACAUGAGACAAGGCUAUGGCAAAAUGCUCAUUGACUUCAGCUAUUUGCUGUCUAAGGUAGAGGAGAAGGUUGGCUCCCCAGAGCGUCCCCUGUCCGACCUGGGCCUGAUCAGCUACAGGAGCUACUGGAAGGAGGUUCUGCUGCGGUACCUGCACAACUUCCAGGGCAAGGAGAUCUCCAUCAAAGAGAUCAGCCAGGAGACCGCUGUGAACCCCGUGGACAUCGUCAGCACCCUGCAGGCCCUGCAGAUGCUCAAGUACUGGAAGGGCAAACACCUGGUCCUCAAGAGACAGGACCUGAUUGAUGAGUGGAUCGCCAAGGAGGCCAAGAGAUCCAACAGCAACAAGACCAUGGAUCCCAGCUGCCUCAAGUGGACCCCUCCCAAGGGCACCUAGGUGUCCCCAGCAGAGGAGGAUGCAUGUGCUGGGCUCUGCAGUGUCCCCAGGGCGGGUCACCGGGCUGGCCUGGCCUGGCCUGGCCCCGUGUCCCCACAGUUCUGAGGAACUCGGCAGUUUCGGCCUCAGUGAGGCCGCGAGGACUGGAGGGCUCUGGGUGCCCCAGGGAGCUGAGGAGCUGUGGCUGCUGGGCCUGUCCCUGUCCCUGCUGUCCUGCUCCGUCCCUCUGUCCCUCCUGGGCUCAGCCCUGGCCCUGGGACAGCGCUGGAAAUGCUUCUGUGGGGCAGCCCUGCUGGCACUGCUCUGCCCCAUGCCUGCAAUAGCUGUAGUGGCAUCCUUGCCCUUCUCCCAGCAGUUUUCCCUAGGACCCAGCAGAUCUUCACUUAGUUCCUGUUGUACAGCCAGAAUUGCACUUCCUGCACCUGAGGGAGUCCCUGGGUGUCCCUGCCACCCCUCCUGGAGCCACCCCAGCCCUGCUGGAAGCACCUCUGGAUAGAAUUCCCAUUUUUUUCCUGGUGUGUAUCUCGUGGAAUUGCUGAGUUCCUGUACAUAAAGCACCUGCUGAGUGUAUUUCCCCUGGAGAUGUUUUUCCCAGAGCAGCCUUCCUGGAAUUGCAGGUCCCUUUUUAUUGGAGUUGGUUUUUUUUUUUCCCCUCCAGGCUGAAGGAAUCCAAACUUUGGCCUUUUCCAAAGAGCCACAGGAACUCCCAGCCCCAAUUCCAGGAGCUGUUGGGCUGCUGUGCUCCAGGGAGGGAUGGAAUCCCUGGUAGAGCAAAAAAAAA